GAGAGAAUAGCUAUCAACACUGAGAAUAUAUCAAAGAUAUAUAUUUUGACUGGGCUGUAUUUUAUUUUGUUGUUUAUUUGUAACUGAAAAUAGUCUCUUAGAGAUUAUUCUUUCUUGGCAAUGCCAAAAGUGUCGAAAAAGAAGACAUUUCGUGGCUAAAAUCGAUGGAAUUCUUUGAGACCUAUCAGCUCUUCUGAGCUCGCUUCUGAGCCUGUUUUGUCCUCAACAUCGACGCCAUAUGGAUCAACGCCAGUCAAUGAAACUGCUUCCAUACGAAAGAUAAUAAGUCAAAAUAACGAUAGAAGAGAAGAUUUCGAUGGCGAAUAUGGUUAUAGACUGAUUGAACUUUCAAAUUUAGGUAAUGCAUUUCAGUCUUUACAUAAUUGUGAAUCAGGGGGAGAGUUGAAAGUUACUGAUGACGAGGGGCUCGUAGAUAUGGAAAUAGCGCAGUUAUCAUAAUUGAGUGCUCUAAAUGUGACACUAAAAUUGAGCUUCAAACUUCGGGAAACAAGAAUCAGGGAUGGAACCCAAAAAAUUCCAUUGACAUCAAUCGACGAAUGGUUUACUCCGCAAUGGAAAUGGGAGUGGGGAGAGAUGGAAUGUCGGUUAUGUGUGAUAUGUUCAACAAGGGCCUCGAGUUAUUGAAAUUGCUGCUAUGUCGGCUGUGCUGGCCUUCAAUUGUGGUGCUGGAUCAAGACAGGAUGUCAUGAAGGCUGCAAACAUCCCUGGUGGUGAGUUCACCCUGGAAGGCUGCAAGAAGAAAGAUGCGACAAGGAUGAGGCACUCUGUAAAGAAGGCAAAGUUGAAGAAAAAGGAAAGGAGGAAAAUCAGAGAAGCCAAGCUUGCAGCAAACCAAGAGAAAGGUGAAUCCUCAUAUGCCAGUGGGAAGUUCAACGAUGUUGACCCUCUUGAUUAUGCUACAUCAUCGUCUGAUGAUGAUGACUAUCCACUAGCUAGACUUUUGGCGGACAAUGAUUCCGAGGACAGUGAUUCCGAGGACAGUGAUGAUGCCCCAUUGGCACAUUUCAUCAGCAAAAGACAAUGAAAGUGACAUUAUAAUAUUCCCACAGUAAUAUGUGUUGACUUUGGACAGGUAUAUUACAGUAAUACAUUAGAAAACGCUUGUGCUAUAGUUAACUAACUUUAAAUGGCGUUUUCUCAAAAACCGUAUUUUGGUUUCCGGCCAUUACCUAAAUCCUAAAAACUCCAAAAGUAUUUAAGCAAUCUUGCUGAUUUUUUCUGAGAUUGUUCUUUAGGUAUUUUUGCACAAAUUAAUGGAUGCUUUUUACACUCUGAUAAAAAUUGGAUGUUCUAUACCAAAAUUAGUGUUAAUGAAUAACAUCCUUACCUAAUAUUCAUUGCCAUGGCAACAAAAUAGAGUGUUACACAAAAAGCAUCCAUUAUUUUGUUGACUGGGAUGUCAUCUAUUAUACAACUUAAAUAUAUCAAGUUUUGAUGCUUAGUUUUUUACUAGAUAGAAUUCAAACAUGGACGGGUUAAAAAUUAACCUUUUCAGUUUUACAUGGUUCUUAUACAUUUAAGUUCUUUCCUUGGAGGUCAUCUGUAAUGAUAUUUGUGUAGAUAAUGUUAUAAGCUUUAAAAUGAUAUAUGGCAUGUUGCAUAUACAUUAAAC